AUGGAGGAGCAUAGCAACAAGAAGCGUGUCAGGGAGGACGAGGUCGAGGCUGAGUUUGAUUUGCCUGAGGCGAAGAAAAUAAGGGAUGAUUUAUUGGAUAUUCUAGACGAGUCGGAUCCUGACCCGACGACUCAGGAUCUAGACUCUGUUAUGAAGAGUUUUGAAGAGGAGAUAUCUGCCUCCUCUUCGCCAGUCGUUGUCGACCUGACGUCGGAUUCCGGUGAGUCCCAGCCUGAACUUGGGUACCUUCUUGAAGCUUCAGAUGAUGAGCUUGGGUUACCUCCAUCUGCAACUUCUUCUGGGGAGGAGGCUAGAAAUGAAGUAAAGGAGCUGGUGCGAGUGGACUCAGGUGGAAAUGAUGGAUUAUGGGUGUUUGAGGAUCAGAUCCCGAGUUAUGACUCGUUCGAAUUGGGAAUCAUUGAAAAUUAUAACACCGAGUAUGCGGCGUUUGAUGACGGAUUGUUCGACUAUUCGAAUGUAUGUUUCGAUUCGUCCGAUUAUUCGGAUUAUUCUUGGCGGCUGGGAUCCAUGCCGGCCGAGUAA